GUGGCAACUCUCGAGCGGUUUGUGCAGUAGAAAAGACGCCAAGCAGAUUGUUUUCCUCGCUUUUCCAAUUUGUGCCCACUUCGAAGUGAAUUUUCGCGUUACUUACCUGAGCCCGGUUUCGACUUGGUUGCAAUCGUCGCGAUGGCCGAGAUACUGGAGGCUCGCGAGUCGCUGAUGACCGAAAAGAAGGUCUGCCGCUUUUGCCUGACGGAGCAGAAGUUGGCCUCGAUUUUCGAGGAAAACGCACGGGUUAAGACCACCGCCAAUCUUCCCCUGCAGAUCAUGGCCAUAACGGCGAUCGAGGUCUUUGCCGGUGACGGAAUGCCUGGGAAUAUUUGCCUGGAGUGUCGCCUCCUCUUCGAGCACUGCUAUCGCUUCAAGCAGAUGUGCAAGCGGGCGGAGACGCUCCUCAAGCAAUAUCCGUUGACCGGAAACUGGCCGGCGCCGCUGGAGAAGCCCCGAGCUCCCAUAAUGGCGGUGGCUCCCAAAAAGGUGGUAGUCACACCAGCAGCAGCACCACCAAAGGCAACCGAGGCUCCCGUUGCCGAAACUCCGAAAAAAAAGCUCCUCAACACCCUGGCCAAGUCAAAACCAGUGGUCAUCGAGGAGGUUCAGGUGAUGGAAACCUCUUUGGUGCCAAAAAAGAAAGUAGCAGUCGCCUCUCCAGUCACCAAUCGGCGAUCCCAUGCCUACGAGCUGAAGGUGGAGAACAACCAGGAGCUCUCCAUGGACGAUGUGCAGAACAUGCUGGAGGACAUGGCCAACGAACUGGACAAGGAGUUUGAAGAGACGGCGCCAAAGAAAUCACCCGUCAAGCCAAAGGUGCUAAACAAAUCCUCGAUUAGGAUCCUGAACAAAGGACCCGCUGCGCCGGUGGAACCGCGCCUGGCCACGCCCCAAGUGAAGCGGGACAACAGCGGCAAUGUGGCCGUAUUCACCGAGGUUCUGGAAGGCGAGUUCAUUCUAGACGACCAGGAUGAUCCCACGAAGAAUGCCGAGAAGGUGGCCACCGAUGUAUUUCCCUGUCCCGACUGCGAACGCUCCUUUCCGCUGCAGCAGCUGCUCGAGAUCCAUCAGCGAAAUCACGCGCGCUCCCGCAGCUUCCAGUGCCCCCACUGCGAGAAGAGCUUCUUCUCCAAAUACGACUUGGCCAAGCACAAUUUCGUGCACACCGGCGAGCGGCCCUUCAAGUGCGCCAUCUGCGCCAAAGGCUUCACCCGAAAGGCGCUGCUCCAUCGCCACGAGCGCACGCACACGGAUGUGCCCAAGUUUAUCUGCGUGUACUGCGAGAAGCAAUUCCUGUCGCGCCAGGAGAUGGAGAAGCACGCGGAGCGGCACAAGAAGAGGCGCCCCUUCCAGUGCACCGUCUGCACCAAGUCGUUUGCCUUUAAGCAGGGAUUGGAACGUCAUGAGGUUGUCCACGCCACCAAUCUUCCCUUUCCCUGUCAGCACUGCGAGCGCAGCUUCUCCACCGCCUCCAAGCUGGCUCGCCACCUGGUUGCCCACGCGGGCAAGAGGGCCUUCCCCUGCAAGUACUGCCCCAAGUCGUAUCUGUUGUCCCACCAUUUGACGCGCCACCUGCGCAUGCACACCCAGAAUUCGGACUCCUCGUUCGUGUGCAGCGAGUGCAAGAUUUCGUUUAGCACCUACAACACCAUGCUGGAGCACGCGCGCAUCCAUGCUACUGCGAGUCUAAAGUGCCCCAUGUGCCGGGAGCAAAUCGAGGACCUCGAUGGCGUUGAUGCCCAUAUGGAGAAGCACAAGGUGAGCGAGCGGCACGCCUGCGAGUUCUGCGACCACAUCUUCUUGACUCAGAGCUGCCUGCAGCGGCACAUCGAGGACGAUCACGUGAUGGACAUGGAGCCCUACCAAAACGACUACGACGACGAGGGCGAAGGCGAAGGCGAAGAGGAAGGCAAGGAGGAACUUUUCGAGGAGGGCGAGGUGGCGGAGGAAGACUUGGAGUAUGUAAAGGCCGAGGAAUUUGAGACAGAGUAUCUGGAGGACGAUACCCUGGACGAAGAUCACCUGGAUGAUAGCGAAGACUCCUAUUCGCCGCCGCCCACUAAGCAGCGAAAAGUAACCCAGCCAGCCUCGCGCCAAACACGGAGCCGGGAAACUACAAAGGUCUCGCCAAAGGCCGUUGUUGUGAAGAAGGAAGCCAAGUCGCCUCCCAAAUCGGAACGUUCGCUAAUUAAGAAACGCAAACCAGCUAAAUAAGUACUAAAAUGUACAUGUAAAAAAUGUAUCCAUGAUUAUCAUUACACAUUAAAGAGUUUAUGUAUUCCAAUUAGA